UUUUAUAUUCUGCCUAUUACUGAAAUUUUUAUACCCAUUAAAAAGUAGUAUUAAAUAUGAUAUUUUUAUAGGAUCGCCUACAAAGAAGUUUGAUUGAAUCUGUUGAUAGAAACUCUUUUGGACCCAGAAAUUGGAACUAAAAGCAUUUAUAACUUUUGAUUACACAAGAUAUAAAAAAUGACAUUUUCUUUUUGCAAUUUAUAAUUGGGAAAUAUUUUUAUUGUUAUGUAAUGGUUAUUAACAAGUAAAGCAUUUUUUUUUUAAUGAAUAGAUUUGAACAAUUUCCGCUCUAUAGUGAUGUAAAAGUUCACUGAAUCUCCAAAACUAAAUUUUGUACAGCUUAAAAAAAAUAUGAAUAUAGCAAGAGGAUUUCUUUUAGGACAAAAUUGUAUUUUUCACUGCCAAACACAAAGAUCCACUCCCAGAAUUUAUAGAGUUUCCUGCAUUAUGUGAGCUUCUGUACUUGCAUAAUCAUUUGCUUGACAGUGUUGCUGUUAAAAAGUUCAGGCCAUUAUCACACCUAACACAAAAACGUCUGAGUUGUUUGUAUUAGGACAUACUGCAGCUACUGCAAGACAAAUGUUGCAAAUAGAAUUAGAGCUUCAGGGUAAUGAAGAUUAUGCAGAAGCAUGCAUAGACAGUUCUUAGCCACCUUCAUUAUCUGUCAUAAAUCACUUGCUAAAUAAUGAAUUUAUCAAAAUCUAUGGAUCACGAAGAGAAAGUGAUAUUGUCAGGGAAGCUGAAAAAUAUAUUUCCUCUUACAAUCAACAGCCAUUCUGUAAAGCUGCUUUUUCAAAAGUAAAGAACAGUUUAGCGAUUGCUGUAGUGACACCGAUAAUGAAGCAAAGUAUAGAUUUACUUAGCAACGUUCAAGAAAUGAUAAUGCUAGAUGCAUCUGGUCACAUGGACAAAUUAAAUCAUCAUUUUUUUAUUUCUCCAGGUGUAGCUGGUGGAAUACCUAUUGGCUGCAUCAUUACAAAUGAAGAAGAAACUAAUAAUUUUCGUGAAGGAGUGAAACUUCUUUGCGAGUGUUUCCCUGAGAAAUGCUGUUUAUUGCAAAAUGGGCCAUUGAUUGUAAUGUCAGAUGAUGAUCUGAAGAAAAGAGAAGUUCUGAGUGAAAUAUGGCUGAAUUCUACUUACUUACUCUGUCAGUUUCAUGUGCUAAAAGCAGUGUGGCAAUGGCUUAUGAACAGUGAAAAUAAAAUUCUAAAAGAGCACCAUCAAGAAUUAUAUUUUUCCUUUAAAUCAUUGAUGUAUGCAGAAACUGAAAUGCAAUUGAAAGAGUUGCUUCAAAAUAUGUUGGAUAAUAACACAGUCAGGAAAUAUGACAAGUUCAUCAUAUAUUUGAGCAAGUUGUUCUCCAAAAAGCAAUUAUGGUGCACUUAUAGAAAAAUGGUAUUAACCAGGGGAAACAAUACAACAAACUAUGUUGAAAGUUUGUUCAAAGUUUUAAAAGAGACCAUACUUGGACGAGUGAAAGCAUUUAGCUUAGUUCAAUUACUGGACUUCAUUGUCACAAGAUUUGAGAAGUAUCUACAUAGUAGAUAUUUAGAUUUUAGUUUUGGUCAUUAUAACAAAAAACUAGUAAAAAGGUUUUUGCCAGAUGAUAAAGGAAUAAUUCAGAACAUCAGAUCACUAAAUAAAGAUAACACUUAUUUUGAAAUUGAUCACCAUUUUGUUGAUUUGGAAAGUUCCAUUUGUACUUGCUUUGUUGGCAUGAAUGGAAAGCUUUGCAAGCAUUUAAGUGCUGUGAUUUUGAAACAAAAUAAACAAUCAACAUUUGUCUAUUCUCUAGAAAGUAGAAAAUUAAUGUAUGAAGUGGGCUACUGGAAAAAAAUUGGAUUCAAAUAGUACCCUCUUGCUACCUUUAAGUUUUAAACCACCACACAAUUUUCCUUCUUCUCAAUCUGAUGAUGCUCUACAAUCACAAUUUUCUUCUACGGUACUUCCACAUUCUUCAAAUAACACGCUUUUACCUAGAGAUAUUGACAAAUUUUCACAGCCUUGCAAUGAUAACAACAUGGUUCUACCAACUAUAAACACUACUUCACAGCCCAUUGUAGCUACAUAUCAAAACUCAGACAGUGAAACAGAUGAUGAUGAUGGUACCGGUUUCCAGGUACAAAAAUAAUCCUGAUGUUUUUAAGCCAGCAAUAAAAAAAAUAGUGAAGAAUGUAAACAAGUUUGGAAAAACAGAAACUUGAUUGGUGUCUGCCUUGCAUGACUUUGGAAGAAACCUUAACUACUCAAGCAGAGUUUUGAAGUGCAGCAGAAGGAGAGGCAAUCAAAUACCUGUUCAACCUACAGCAAUUGCAAGAAGAAAAUCAAUUUAUUCUGGAAGGAAAAGUCAAGUCAAGUUGGUGGAAGACCAGUUAAGCGAGCAUUACCACCUGCCCUAAAAGAACAUGCAUAUGGAAUAUUCUCUGAGUUACCGAAAAAACAUCGAAAAACAAAGCAUAGUUUGACACAUUGUGUUGAAAAGAAUGCAUCUCUUCCAAAUUAAUUUAUACUUAUUUUAUUACUAUCAUGCUUCAAAAAAUUAUGUUUUGUUACAUGCUUUAAAAAUGUAUUAGAACAUUUUAACAGGAUUUGUUUGGUGUUAAAAUAAUUAGUAUUAAUAUGGUAUAAAAUUUUAAUGCUAUUAUGGUAUUAAAUAGCACUUAUUCCAUGAAACUGUUGUAUAUUAAAUAUUUU